CGCACCACGGCCACGUUAUCUCAUUUAAUUCCCACCAACAGAAGUACCCAAAAACCGAACCGACUGCCAAAAAAAAAGAUCUGUACAAACAAAAAUGGGGAUAGUUGAAGAAGCACAUAACGUGAAGAUUUUAGGUUCAGGUGAGCAGACAGUAGUGUUAGCACAUGGGUUUGGGACUGACCAGUCGGUGUGGAAGCAUCUGGUGCCGCAUUUGAUUGAUGAGUAUAGAGUUGUUUUGUUUGAUAAUAUGGGUGCUGGAACAACUAAUCCAGAUUACUUUGAUUUUGAACGUUACUCUUCGCUAGAAGGAUAUGCUUAUGAUGUAAUUGCGAUAUUAGAAGAAUUUCAAAUCCGCAGUUGCAUUUUCGUUGGUCACUCUGUUUCUGCUAUGGUUGGUGCUAUUGCUUCCAUUGCUCGACCUGAUCUUUUCACUAAAAUUGUCACUGUAUCUGCUUCUCCAAGGUAUUUGAACGACUCGGAGUACUACGGAGGAUUUGAACGAGAAGAGCUUGAUCAACUGUUCGAAGCAGUAAAAACAAAUUACAAAUCAUGGUGUUCAGGAUUUGCACCGUUAGUUGUUGGAGGGGACAUGGAUUCUGUUGCAAUCCAAGAAUUCAGCAGGACUCUAUUCAACAUGAGACCAGACAUUGCACUAAGCGUAAUACAAAUCAUAUUCCUAAGUGAUUUAAGGCAUUUGUUGCCUCAUGUGUCUGUCCCAUUUCACAUAAUUCAGAGCAUGAAGGACUUGGCCGUACCCGUGGUGGUGUCCGAAUAUCUCAGCCAGAACCUCGGGUCCGAAUCUAUCGUUGAGGUUAUGUCAACGGAAGGACAUCUUCCGCAGCUCAGCUCACCGGAUGUUGUGAUUCCGGUGCUGCUUCGCCAUAUUCGUCAUGAUAUUGCUCUUUGAUUAUUUACUACUAGAGUAAGUUAACUACUUCACUUUGUUGGAGUAAUAAUAAUUAUAAUAAGGGGUGUUGUUGUUUUGUUAUGCAAAUUGUACAAAAUUUGACUAUCUUGUCAAGCUAGUUGUAAUGUGUGUGCUAAGUUUAAACUAAUAUGUUUGGAUGUAUAAGCUGAGGGAACCCAUAAAUGCAUCGAGGCAAAAUGUAGAUCCACGGGCUAGCAUUUCUGUUUCUUAUUAUAUUAUUAAGGUACUAAUUAAUAAAUAUUAUUCUCCAA